CCCGAGCUAAAUGGCUGAAGGAAAUUACGGGCUGGUUGCGCGUACGCGCGGCUCGGGUGUCUUCCAGCUGCCCUUUCUCUCUUCCCACCCUCAGGCCACGGACUUGAGAGCCGGGCUCAGGACGCCGCCGGAUUCCUGGGCUCCGUGGACCAGCGGGGCAGAAAAGUAGCCCCUUCCGGGCCAGCCACGGUCGGAGGGAGCCCAGCAGCCUGCCUGCCUUCCCGGCCCCCGCUCUGGCCCGGCCUGCCCAUCUCCCAGGUCUCCACCCCUGCGCCUCUGGAUUCCCGGACACCUUUGCCCCUCUCGGGCGGCUCCGAUGCCCUCGCGAGCCUGUGGCCAGUCCGUCCCCGGUGUGGCCCCGCACACCUCCCUACUCCAUCCUGCCUCCCUGGAACACAGUUCAAAGGAGCAGAGGGGUAUCCGCCCGGUGACCACCCGGCCCGAACCUUCCCCUUACUCUUUCCAGCAAACGGCCCUAUCUCUCGGCAGAGAAGCCUCCACCUGCCCGGAAGCCCCUCCUUCCGUGGGGUCCCGCCCCUCAGCAGAAGCCCCGCCCCCCGAGGGGCCCUUCCCCUUCCCUCAGUGAGACCCCUCCCCGCAGGGCGACCGUUUCUCCAGAGAGAGCCGCCGUCAGCGGCGCCGGGACCCCUCCCGGCGACGUCCCUCCUCUGUGUGUUCCUCCCUCACAACGAGACCCCACCUCUCAGAGAGACGCCACCGGUCUUUGUGACCCCUCCUCUCAACGUGGCUCCUCCCCUCCGUGCGCCCCAGCCCUUAGGAGUGUGACCGCCUCGGGAGGGUUCGGCCCUCCACCUCGUAGGAAUCCGGUCUGCCCCCUCCGGCUAGAGGGAGAGCUGCAGCCGGCCUCCUUCCCGUCGGCGCUGGGCCCGGAACGCGCACGCCCCGCGCACCCGCCGUACCCAGAGCUUCCGGUUCUCCGCUGGCUGCCCCUCCCCCCCGGGCGUCGGCGAAAUAGCCAACUACCGCCAGGGAUUAGAGUGACGUCGCUGGAUCCGGCCGACGCCUCCGGGGCCGCGGGGGUGGGCGGCAGUGAGCAGCUUGCCACCUAGCGGCGGAAAGGAGGGCGGCGGGCGUGGAGGCUGCAGGUCCCCGGAGCCAAACGGGCUGCGACAGAGCUUGCGGGAGGAAGGGUGAAGUCUGUUCAAAAAUUCUCCAGUACCGCAUUUCUAUUUUUGUGACUUUUAUGAUGGAAAAUGUCAAACAUGAAAAAAAAAAAAAGAAGAACAAUAGAGAAAGAACAGUGAAUCCUUAUUGACCUUGGUCUCUACACCCAACGUGGCACUUAAACUUAGAACCUUGAGAUCAAGAGUCGGAUGCUCCAUCGAUUAAGCCAGCUAAGUGCUCCUGUUUAUUUUUUUUUUAAAGUAACCAUGUCAUUUGUCCUAUAGAGUUUCUCUAAGUCUGAAUUUUUCUGACCUGCUUCUGGUAUAAUUUAGCAUGUUUCUCAGUCCCAUAUAUUUCUGGUAGAUUGCUAGAGACUUAAAUUUAUUUUUAUAUUUUUAUAUUUUUAAAAAUAUUUUAUUUAUUUAUUAUUCGAGAGAGAGAGAGAGAGAGAGAGAGAGGCAGAGACACAGGCAGAGAAGCAGGCUCCAUGCAGGGAGCCCAACGUGGGACUCGAUCCUGGGUCUCCAGGAUCACGCUCUGGGUGGAAAGUGGCACUAAACUGGUGAGCCACCCGGGCUGCCCGAGACUUAAAUUCAGAUUUGAUUAUUUUGGCAAAACUAAUUCAUAGUUCCCAUCUCCAUCUAGCAUUUAUCCCUAAGAGUGAGCCAAGUCUACAACUGUCACUCUAAAUAACACAUGCCAAGGCCACCAUUGGCAGAACAGUGAGGAACGUGAAAUGUAUUCCUUGGGGCCCAGUGCUCCUGUGCAAUCUGCAGGUCAGUGACACACGCUUGGUCAGCCUGGGCAUGUCACACUCAAGUGGGGAGAAGAGCAGAGGCUCUUCAAGUCAAGGCUCAAGGAGCUGGCCUUGACUCAGCCUCAGAGUUGAGUUCCAGUCAUGUUCCUCCUUCUCUGAGAGCUCUUCUUUCUGGUCCGUACCUCUCUGCCCUUAGAAAAACAACUAGAAUUGUUUUUUCUUUUCCUUUUUUUUAAUUUUUUUAAAAUUUUUUUAAAUUAAGCUCUUGUAGCCAGUGUGGGGCUUGAACUCAAGAGUUGCAUGCGCUACCAAGUGAGUCAGGCAGGCACCCCCUGAAUUGUUUUCUUAACAAAUUCUAAUUUGUCCCCUAGUCUUAAAACCCAGUAUUACCGUCUUCCUUUCCUUGAACUCUCACAGUAAGAAAAUCCAUAUCCGCUGAAUUUACUAACCAUUCACAGAUCUCCCAUAUGUGUUAGAAGCUUAGAGAAAAUAUUAGACAAUAGGGAAGAAAACUUUAGUAGCUGAGUGCCAGGUCCUGAGUAAAUUCUUUCCCAUACUGACUUUAUCCUUAACAGCACCCUGGUAGGUUAGGUUAUUUUAAUCUUACGUUCAAGUUUAGGGAAGUCACAUUCAGAAAGUUUUUUUUUUUUAAGAUUUUAUUCAGGAGAGACAGAGAGAGGCAGAGACACAGACAGAGGGAGAAGCAGGCUUCCUGUAAGGAGCCUGAUGUGGGACUGGAUCCUGGAUCUGGGAUCACGCCCUGAGCCGAAGGCAGACGCUCAACAGGUGAGUCACGCAGGCAUUCCGGACAUUCAGCGGAAGUUAAGUUGCCUGCUCAGAGAAGGUAAGGUUGGCUCAAGGCCACAAGCUAGUAGGAGCCCAUGACGGUGUGACCUUCUGUGCUCUUUCCCCUCCAACCUCCCCUUUCUCACUUCAUGGUCUUGACUGUUACAAAACACAUUUGUAUAUGCUAAUUUGAGCCUCAGAACAGUAGUGAGAUAAAUCCUAGUAUCUGCACUUUGUAAAAAGUUCAGAGAUACUACAUGACUUGGCUGAAGUCAUGUGGAGCUUAGCUUUUCUGCCUCGCAGAGCAUGGCAUUAUUUGUUGGAUGAUAAUCCAGAUGAUCGUGAGUAUUCAAUAAAUGAUGCUUGUCAAAUUAAAUGAUUGGAAAUAAACUGAAUGUCACUGCUUAAAAGUCUCUAGGUUCCUUUUUCUCUCAGUCACCUCCCUCUGGCUCCCCUCAGAGACCCGCUUUUCCCAGGAACUUUGUCACUUUCAACCAACACAAAGAGCAGCACCCAUGUGUCUUCAGGAGGGGGUUUAAGAAGGAAGGGUUGUCCUCCCAUCUCUCACCUUAGGGCUUCCUUUGCUCCCUGGAACAGGAAGGCCACACUCAGUCUUGUCCCUGCCCCCACAUGGUCUACUGCAAGUAGUUCUGGAGCUCACAAACCAGUGAGGUCCCCCACCUUCUGUUCUGCUGCCAUUGGCCCUGGCAGUUACUUCACUAGCGCCUCCUCCCCUCUCUUCCCUUGGUACCACCUCCUGCCUCUGGCUCCGCCCCACAGCCCUGGACACAGUACACACAGCCUACAGCUCCUGCUCCAAGGGUAACAAAGGAACUGCCUGGAUUCCCAUGGCUGUGGCCAGCACCUCCAUACCAGGGCUGAACCCUCAGAAUGCUCAUUAUAUCCCGGGGUACACUGGACACUGCCCCCUACUUCGGUUCAGCAUGGGCCAGACCUAUGGGCAAAUGACCGGUCAGCUACUUCGAGGAUUUCCUGGCCUAGCCUGGCCCCCUGCCCAUCGCACACUUCUGCCUCCCAUCCGGCCACCAGCGUCUCCUGAGGUUCCCAGGAGAAGGCUGCCUGUCAGGCGCCGGCAUGAAAGGCUCAGCUCCGGCAUGAUCCCUGGGUACACAGGUUUUGUACCCCAGGCACAGUUCAUCUUUGCCAAGAACUGCAGCCAGGUCUGGGCUGAGGCUCUAAAUGAUUUCACACGGUGGUCUGGGGGACAAGGGAGUCCAGAGCCGCCAAGGGAGGCCAACGGUACAAAAGAUGUGGAGAAAGACCAAGAGCCAAAGCUGGAGCCAGAGCGAGAGGCAGAGAAGGAGCCAGAGCUGGGGCAAGAGACAGAACAAGCUUCCCCCUAUUCCAUGGAUGACAAAGAUCCUCGCAAGUUCUUCAUGCCAGGCUUCACUGGUUAUGUGCCCCGUGCCCGCUUCCUCUUCGGCUCCAGCUUUCCUGUGCUCACCAGCCGGGCAUUGCAGGAAUUUGGACAGAUGUACUCAGGGGACAGACCCCAGAAGGAUCCCAGCCAUCUCCCUCCACUUUCUAGGACCUACCCUCAGGACCUGGGCCUUUUACCUAAUUAUGGGGGCUAUGUGCCAGGAUAUAAGUUCCAGUUCGGGCGCACAUAUGGGCAUCUCACCCAUGAUGCACUAGGUCUCACCACCCUCCAGAAGCAGCUCCUGGUGUAGGUACCUGGACUCCAAAGUCUCUCUUCUCUUUCUUCCUAUCCCAGACAUCCUUUUGGAAGGAAGAGAGCUGGGCCCGAGGGUGGAGGGGGAGGCACAAAGAGAAAUGGUUUGGAGGCCGAGCACCUUUUUUAUUAAUAGGUGUAAUAAAUAAAUAAAU